UCAAUCUACCAAACGCCGCCCCUUCUCCGAUGCAGACACCACGCGGUAAAUCUAAGAUACACUGAGGAAAUAUGUCAACCUACACAAGAAAAUUAUUAACCCUCAUGUUCAUCAGGGAAGGCGAGAAAAUCCUUCUGGGCUACAAGAAGCGAGGCUUUGGUCAAGGAAGGUGGAAUGGCUUCGGAGGAAAAGUAGAACCCGGGGAAACACCCGAACAAGCAGCAAUCAGAGAGACAAAGGAGGAGGCGGGCGUGGACCUGAGCGUGGGCGCCGUGGAGAAGGUGGGCGAGCUGGAGUUCACCUUCGAGGGGGAAGACAUCCUCAUGCACGUCAUGGUCUACGCCUCCGGGAGUUACCAGGGGACGCCCGCGGAAUCCGAAGAGAUGCGGCCCUCUUGGUUCCCCGUGUCCAGCCUCCCCUUCGCGCAGAUGUGGCCCGACGACAGAUUCUGGUUCCCGCUGCUUCUCCGCGGCGCAAAAUUCCGCGGCGCCUUCCACUUCCGCGGCCACGACGAGAUCCUGUCGCAGAAGCUGGAGGAGGUGGAGGGGUUUUGAG